AUGGCUUUCAAAAAUCAUAGUAAGAGGCAAAAAAAUAAUCCAGUUGUGGAAGAAGAUGAAGAAUUAAUUAUAGAACUACCCAAGGAGCCCCGCUUUUCCACAACGAUGUCACCAGAGGCACAAUAUGCCAUUAUGAAAGGGUAUGAGGAUACAGUGUAUAAUUAUCUCUGUAAGAAGUAUCCAGAACAAAGGCCGACCCUACGGAGGAACAAGACACCCGUUUCGAAAGUUGAACUUCGUAACAAAACGGAAUCGCGCAAUGUACUUUCUAGCGAAGAUCGGGAUUCACACAAUGAACUUCCAGUAAAACUUGACUCGGAACGUGAGGAGAGUGAUGCAAGUUCUCAAAGCUCCUCCAACAAUUCCCCUCUGAUAGAGCAGUCAUUUGUAUUCCCUCCUCGUUCAGCAAAUAUGUCGAGACGAGCAUCUUUGCCUGCAACUUCCACACGUUUUAAGAAGUUUGGUCGAUCUGGAAGCCUUGCCUCUUCACCUUCUUUACCUGUUGACCAAGACUUGACUCGUGCGAAAAGUUUACCUAGUGUUAUCCCACGGGAAAAGCAGUUAGUCCUGUCGUAUCGUCUCCAAAGUGCUAUGGACAUCCUAGAUACCGUUCGCGACGGAUUGGGUGACAACUACACAUCACCAAGGAUCAGAGCCAGUAACAACAAAAUGAUCAAACCGGUGCUGGACUACAAUAAGUGGACCGGCGUCUGGGGACGGGAGUUUAACGUUUAACAAAAACUCGAAACAAAAUAAUUUGUAUACUAGAUGC